AUGGACCACCACUGCCCGUGGAUCAGCAACUGUGUCGGGUUCUACAACCGCAAGUAUUUCAUGCAACUGCUCGUUUACGCUGUGCUUGGGCUGCUGUUCAUUGUUGUACAAGCCGUAUACUACCUCAUAAACGAAUCCAUGCUUAGUGAAAAUGCAGACGAUCUUGCGAAACAGGACUCGGGCAUCAGAGCCAUCGCAAACAUAUACGUGUGCGUAAUGGUCUUUGUUGGGCUUGCGCUGAUAUUUGCCCUUAUUCCCUUCGUGCAGUUCCAUUUCAAGCUCGUGCUCAAAAACUCAACCACUAUCGAAAACCUCGAUGAUGCAACCAAGGAUCAAGGACUGUACGAUAUGGGAAUCGGUGCUAACCUGCAGCAAGUCUUCGGUGUCAACCCCUUUUGUUGGUUCGCGCCGUGCAACUUGCCGCUCAACCGCCCAGUCGGAGACGGUGUCAGAUGGACGCAGUACUACUACGACAACAUACCAGAAGGACCUUAA